AUGGCAACGUCUACCUUCACUUGUCUUUCAUUACUCUCCCUUCUCCUCCUAACCACCACCUUCUCUUUAACCACUGCAGCUCGAACCCUAACAGAAGACCCAGAGAUCGCGAUCCCUGUAGCUGCACCAGAUGCAGACGAUGUCACUCCCUUGGGCGCCAUCCCACCUAACCCAGCUUCCACCACCACCGGAACUACCGGUGUGGUGCCGGUUGAAGGUUCCGACCACACACUCACCUUCUUUAUGCACGACAUUCUCGGCGGGUCAAACCCCUCAGCUAAAGCAGUCACCGGAGCCGUCACUAACCCCGCCUUGAAUGGUCAGGUUCCCUUCGCUAAACCCAACGGAGCAAAUCUCCCGGUCAACAAUGGCGUCUCACAAGACGAUGGAAACAGCGGAGUCAUCAACAACAACAAUCUCCCGUUUCUUACAGGCCUGGGUGGAACCACUUCAAAUGUCUUCCAAAACAAUAACAAUAAUAACAACAACAACAAUAACAAUGUUUUUGCUUCCAUUGGUGGACAGCUCCCGCAAGGAAACGCGUUGCAACAGUUUAUGUUCGGAACGUUGACUGUGAUUGACGAUGAGUUGACCGAAGGACACGAGCUUGGGUCUGGUUUGAUCGGAAAGGCUCAAGGGUAUUAUGUAUCGAGUUCCAUAGAUGGGAAGAGUCAGACGAUGGCGUUUACUGUGAUGUUUAUGCACGGGAGUUAUAUUGAUAGUUUGAGCUUUAUGGGGGUUCACCGGAGUGCGGUGGCGGAGUCCCAGCUGGCGGUGAUGGGUGGCACUGGGAAGUAUGUGAAUGCUAAAGGGCAUGCGGUGGUGAAGACUUUUCAGGGGACAAACCAGCAGAAUAAUGAUGGAAUGGAGACGCUGCUUCAGUUUCAUGUGUAUCUUGCGUAUUAG